GUCUCGGGCAGCCCCCGACAGAAGGCAGUGCAAGGCACAACGGAGCUGCAGGAGCUGCGGAGCCGCACAGAGCAAGCGGAGCGGAGACUGCUGGCCUGUGAGAACCUGGUGGGGGAACUGGGCAGCAGCCUGGCUGCCCUGGGCAGCCUCCUUCAGGACUAUGGGCAGCUCCAGCAGCGCCUGAACAACGUGGAGAACCUCCUGAAGAACAGGAAUUUCUGGAUUCUGCGGCUGCCCCCAAGCUCCCGGGGAGAAGUCCCCAAGGUGCCACUGACCUUCGACGAUAUCUCAGUGUAUUUCAAUGAGCUGGAAUGGGACAGGCUGGAGCGUUGGCAGAAGGAUCUCUACAGGGUCGUGAUGAGGGGCAACUAUGAGACACUGGUGUCCCUGGACUAUGCUGUGUCUAAGCCUGACAUCCUUUCCUGGAUUGAGAGGGAUGAAGAGCUCAGUGACAAAGGAGGUCAGGAGCCCCUCCAGACACAGACUGGAGAUGGUCAGGAACCCCCAGAGGCGUCAGAAGAGAUGGACCAGGCAGAUGAGGCUUCAGGAGAUGAAAUCUCCAUGGAAGCUGACCCAGCCCCAAGAGCAGUCAGUGCUGUGUCCAAGCCUGACAGACAGUCCCAGAUCCAGAGGCAUCAAGAGCUCAGUGACAGAGAGAAGCCUCGAUGGACACCCACUGGGGACAGCCAGAAGUCCCCACGGACACCCACUGAGGACAGCCAGGAGUCCCCACAGACACACAGUGAGGACAGCCAGGAGUCCCCACAGACACACAGUGAGGACAGCCAGAAGCCCUCACAGACAAAGAAUGGGGACAAUCAGAAACCUCCACAUACAGGUGUCCCCAACAAUCAGAAGCCUCCACAGACACCAGAAGAGAUGAUGAAAAAGGAAGAGGCUUCAGGAGAAAAUUGCAUCCUCAAAGAAGCUGUCCCAGAGGAAUGUUCCGUCAUGGAAGAUGGAAUGCCAUGUGAAGGGGCUUCUCCCAACAUCAGGGUGAAGGAGGAGGAGCAUCCGACACUGCCGGAGGAUUCCACACCCUCUCCCAGCUUGGAGAUGCAGAAGUGCCCCAAAAACGAUCCAGCCAAGGCCAAGAGCAAGAAGAAGCCAAACCGGUGUGAGACCAGCAACCUGCUCAUGGGCAACUGCCGCCGCGGGUAUGUGCGGGAGUGGUCACAUCCCUGCACGGAGUGCGGGAAGCGCUUCCGCCUCAAAAUCAACCUGAUCAUCCACCAGCGCAGCCACGCCAAGGAGGGCCCCUACGAGUGCCCCAGCAUCCACAUCAAGGACAGAGCCUUUGGUGCCAAGGUCUGGGGGAACGUCCACCCAGAGCUGCGCAUCCGCCCGCGCAGGGAUCUGUGCGGCAGCACCCAUGGGCUGGGCAGUGGCAUCCAUGCUGGAGGAGCCUGUCUGGGGCGGCCCAAGGACGAGCUGGACAGAGGGAGCCUGUCCAGCACCACGGUGGCGCGGCAGGUGAAGCCUAGUGUGACGUGCCCUCGGUGCAGUAAGAUCCUGUCCUGUUCCAUGUCACUAGAGCAGCACCUGCGGACCCAUGUGCGGGACCGGCCCCACUGCUGCAGCUCCUGCAAGAAGUGCUUCACCCGCAGGAACCAUCUCCUGCGCCAUGAGAAGAUCCACCAGCGAGCCUUGGCUGCACUUCAGCAGGCAGGGAAUGCCCCGCCCACCACUGGUACCCCAGCAGCCCAGCAGCCCAGUACUCCGGAGGCAAAGAGUAACGUUUCCAAGAGGAACAUGAGCCCUGAGGCCACAAAAGCUGCUCCACCAAACAUGCUCCGGUUGGAGCUCCCAGCCAAGGGCUGUUCCCUCCUUGGACCUGAUGGAAGAGCUGUGCAGCCUGUGGUCCAGCUGGGAAUGAGGGCAGUCGCUACAGAGAUGAUGGAGAAAUGA